GCGCCUUUCACGCAACGGCUGCGUCCGACGCCAGCGCGCUGCCACUGUCGGCACCAUGGCAAACGCAGCGCCCGUGGAUCUGUCCUUUGCCCGCCGUCUGCCCAAGAUCGAACUCCAUGCCCAUUUGACGGGAAGCAUCAGUCGCGCUUGUCUCCACGACAUCUGGGAGACGCGCCGCCAGCACGAUCCGGAGCUGCAGCUCGACGACCCUCUUGUAGCCAUCCCUCCUGACAAGGUCGACUACGAUGUUCAAACAUUCUUCCCACUGUUCUCGUCAUACAUUUACAAACUUUGUGACGACCUUCCCAGUAUAGAAUUCUCGACAAAGAGAGUGCUAGAAGACUUCCAGGCAGAUGGCGUGGUCUAUGUCGAGCUUCGAACAACGCCCAGGGCAAUUCCAAAUCGCGGCAUAACGGAAGACGAUUAUGUCAAAACCAUUCUCGACGUUCUGCGUAAUCACAAUGACCAGGUUGGCAACACCAUGAGAGCGUUCCUGAUUCUAUCCAUAGACCGGCGAAACACAGCUACCGAAGCACAACAGGUAGUCGACCUUGCGCUCAAAUACCGAAGCGAGGGCGUCGUGGGUGUCGACCUCUGUGGCAAUCCCGCAAAAGGAGACGUUAGCCUGUACACGGAUGCGUUCACCCGGAUAAAAGCAGCAGGACUGAAAAUCACAUUGCACUUUGCAGAGAUUGCGCAGUCUGGAACGGACGACGAGCUCAAUACGCUGCUGUCCUGGCAACCUGACCGACUUGGACAUGUCAUCCACGUCAACUCCUCUUUCCAAGAACGCAUCAAGAGGGAACACAUAGGCGUUGAGCUCUGCAUGAGCUGCAAUGUCCACGCUAAGCUUAUCCCUGGGACCUUCUCUGACCACCAUUUUGGGUUCUGGCGGCACACUAAUGUUCCUGUAGCUCUUUGUACAGACGACGUGGGCAUCUUCUGUAGUCCGCUCUCUCAGGAAUAUUAUCUAGCGGCUGUACACUUCGGGUUGGACCGCACCCAAUUGACGGAACUAGCACAGCGACCGAUCGCCUCUAUAUUCACAGGGGCGAGUGAGCGAACACGGUUGGUUGAGAGUUUCGAGCACUGGUUAGCCUGAUCUCGCGGUGUGCACGGAGACACUCAUAGAAGAUCAACUAGACUUUCAGCUUAGUUCAUUCAUUUCUAAACCGAGAACUCGGGCAAACUGAAGUCAAGUGCCGCAACAGAAUGACAAAUAACAUCAUGGCACUCGACUUGUAGGCAAACAGUUUACUACGUAGUUCACUGCUGUACGCCCGAUCAUCUCCAUCAAGCACAGAUACAUUGGCCAUGUGGAC